AUGGGACUUGUAGCAUACGACAGCAGUGACGAGGACGAGGACGUCCAAGUCGAGGUCACGACUGUGCCACAGAACACCAAGAAGGACACAUCCUCACAUCCAUCAUCAAACGAUACCGUAACGACAUCACUAACGGCUACAAAUGGCUACAAUGAGAGCAGGCCCUCACAGCCUUUAGCACCAUCGAUACCAGCGCCCUCACACGAGCUACCACAACAACCACAACCAGCCCGAGAACCAUCACCAGACCCAGUUCUCGGCCCAGCAUUAGGUCCAGCCCUCGGCCCCUCCAUGCCUCCUCCCGCCGGCCCCUCACUCAACACCCUCCCCGACCCCGACUCCGACGUCGACAUGUCCUUCCUCGACGACCCUUCCACCUCCUCCAUCGCCGGCUUACCUUCUGGACCAUCAGCGGCCGAGCCCCCCAAAUCCCCCUAUACCGCAACCCGCACCUUACUCCGGGACCUCACCCUCCCCGCCCUUCCCAACAUGGACAUCCCCACCUCUCCUCCCCUUUCACCUUCCGACAUCGGGUCAGUCGAACAGCUAGCCGCCCUGACCAGCAAGUUUGACAAAUUCCUCGAACUGAAGCGCACAAAGGGGCAGCACUUCAACUCGCGCAUCGCGCAGAGCGCGGCUACCAAAAACCCGGGCCUGAUGGAUAAGUUGAUGAGGUUCGUGGGGGUCGAAACGGAGUUUUACUUUGACGACGACGACGACGACCUUCCUCCUGCCCAUGCCCAAACCAACAACAACGGCAACAACGACGACAACUCCCCUGCUGAAAACACAUCAGAGACAGUAGCACCGCCACCGCCACCGCCACCGGCUGGAUGGGAGCAAUACGCAACCACCCUCUCCAAAGAAGUGUGGGCUCCAUCUGUGAUGCCAGGGUGGGCGUAUAGGGAAAGAAUCCGGAAAACGCAGGAGAGGAUGCAGAAGGAAAACGAAAGGAAGAGAGGGGAGAGGGUGGAGUUUGUUAGUGGAGGGACGACCAGUAGGACGGGGAGCGCGACGCCGUUAGGGAGUGUGGCUUAUCCUGGGGGGAUGAGCGGGACGGCGACGGGGACGAGCACGGGGGCCGGGACGCCGAGUGCUGGUGGUGGUGCUGGUGGUGGCAGCACGACGGCUGGAGUCAAGAGGAAGUCAAGGUUUGAUACGUGA